GUUCGACCGCCAGCUAUCGGAUCGCUUUAUCAACUCCCCCCAUUAUUAUCUGCCCCUUCCUCCGCUGCUUUUCCUCCGAUCACUUGUUGUAAUUGAUCGCAGGGAUGCAAAGACAUGUGUAAUGACUGACAGACGAAGAAUUAAUGGACCGCCUAGCGGCACGAGGCCUGCGGUUUUCGCCUCCUCUCUCAAAUCCGCCUCCGGCGCUGCCACAGAAAGACCUCGCCGUCAUAGACAAUCAAAUGAGUUGCGCAAGAUCUUUCUUAAGACGGGAUUAAUCCCUUCGGCUUCCGGCUCCGCAUACCUCGAAUACGAACCAUCUGCCUCACUCGCUGCAGCUCGGUCUUCUCCUCAAUCCUUGAUCCCUCCCUCCUCGGCCUUGAAGCUCGCGUGCACUGUUCAUGGCCCGAAGCCUCUUCCCCGGUCGGCGACCUUCUCGCCAAAUCUCGUUCUUACUACCCACGUCAAAUAUGCGCCAUUCGCCGCCCGCCAACGGAAGGGCCAUAUUCGGGAUUCCAGCGAACGUGACCUGGGCGUUCACCUCGAGACUGCGCUCCGAGGCGUGAUUGUCGCGGAACGGUGGCCGAAGAGUGGCCUGGAUAUUACGAUUACAAUUCUCGAGGCCGAAGAUGACCGGUGGUGGGGAGAUGCACCCGACUCGCACGACGCUCCGUGGGGCAUGAUGAAUGUCCUGGCCGGGUGUAUCACCGCGGCAUCCGCAGCCAUUGCGGACGCCCGAAUCGACUGCCUGGACCUCGUGGCUGGAGGCGUGGCUGCUAUCGUCUCGGACGACGAGGCUGCCGCCGAAGAAGGGAACUCAUCGACGCCUAAGUUGAUGCUGGAUACGGAUCCGGCCGAGCACAAGUCCAUCCUGUCGGCGUGUGUGGUCGCUUACAUGCCUGCGCGGGACGAGAUCACUGAGAUCUGGCUCAAGGGCGAUCACUCCAAGGCUUCCUUGGGGGUGGAUGACAGCAGUUUGGGCCACGAAGCUUUGAUUGACGGUGCGGUCAACGCAGCGCGCGGCGCUCAUACGGUGCUUGUGGACGCAGUCAGGGAGUCGGCUGAGCGGUACGCCGGAUUGUCGACCAGCGACUCAUGAUGAUGAGAGUCAGGAGCGUUAAUGAAAUAUAAGAAAAAGUAAUGCCUUGCUAUCUGCCCUUGAUACAAUAUAUCCUUCCUAGUUUUCCCUCUUAGCAUGAAAUGCAUACGCUUUCAGUCGCUGUUUGCUUCCCAUUGGGUAUCAAC